CUGUGAUUUUAUUUUGCCUUUCUGUUAAAGAACUGUUGUAUCACAAAAAACUGUAUGUCUCCUUUAUUCUGAUUGUGUGUUUUCUUUUUUCAUACCUACUGUAGAUAACAUACACACAUAUGCAUAUAUGUGUGGGCAAAAGUAAACUUCACCUUCUGUGCUUUUUAGCCAUUGCACUAUGCCUCGAUCAUUCUUAGUGAAGCGCCACCGGACUGUCGUAAAACUCACAGGAUGGGGGCACCUGGUUGAUGCUGAAAGAGGGGACCUGUAUGUUCCAGACUCCAUGUUCUUCCCGCACAAGACUGACAAACCAACAGCAUCUCCAUUAGUUCCUGAGGGUGCAUUUCCCUGCCGUGCAUGCAGGAAAUGCUUUCCUCUUCAACGCAUGUUAACGCGUCACCUGAAAUGUCACAGCAUCCAGAAAAGGCAUCGCUGUCCCUGCUGUUCGAAAGGGUUCAAUGACACCUUUGACCUCAAGCGGCACAUGAGAACUCAUACAGGGAUACGCCCUUACAAGUGUCCUGCAUGUGACAAGUCUUUUACACAGCGCUGUUCUUUAGAGUCCCACUUACGCAAGAUCCAUGGGAUUCUACAAAGUUACGCCUACCGCCAGCGCCGGUCCAAGAUCUAUGUGUGUGAGGAGUGUGGCUUCACAUCUCCCAGUGCAGACAACUACACACUUCAUGUUGUGGAGAUGCACCCAAACAAUCCAAUGCUCUCAAAAAGCUUACGAAAAAGGGGAACAGGCACAUUAAGAGAGGAAAUUUGUAUCUUGCAUCACACUACACCUUACUACAUGUGAAAACUUUUUUACAUAUAGCUCCAAUCUCUGCAGAAUAAAAACAUUCAGGAAAAGGACCAAGUAUUUAUUUACAGAAAACAAUAUAAUACAUAUCUAAAAAUAUAAAAACAUUUUUCAGAAUUCAGACACUAUAACAUAUCCUGAAAAAACAUAAGGCUAAUUAAGCCGCCAGCAAUCACUCUGUCCAGCGAUGACCACAGUGUGGUGCUGUACACACAUAAUACAGUCGCAUGGCAUCCUACAAGACAAAGCAAAAUGGUCUGUGUACAAAUAUUAAACAAUAUUCAAAUGCCAAUAAACAUGUAAUGCUUGUAGCAAGUGGUGUUUGUAUUUCAAUAAAAACAUAUAAAGUGUG